UAAUUUUGUAGCAGUAUAAAUACUUAAUCUACAAAAACUAGUUCAAAUAAUAUUAUCUUUUUUUUUCUAUUUUUUUAUUAUUUUAUAUAUUGUAUAUAAUUUUUAUUUUUUUAAAGUUAACACUUAUUCAUAAAUAGCGGUUUUAUUUUAGAAGAAUAUUACAACAACAACAACAACAACAACAACUUUAGAUAGCUAAAAUCAUUACAGCAAUAAAUAUCGAAUCGUAAUAAUAUAGCAGCAGCAGCAGCAAUAAUAAUAUAAAAAUAUGAGUAAUUAUAAUAAUAAACAUCAUGAUGAUGGUAAUCCAUUUUACUCAGAACAAAUAAAUUCAAAUUCACCACAACAACAACAACAACAAAAUUUAUUUACCAAUACCAAUAUAGAUUUUAAUGAUUAUUCAUCACAAAAUAAAUCACCAAACCCACAAUACCAACCAGAUUUACAAUUCCAAAGUUUUACACACGAUGUUGAUAUAAAUAAUAAUACUUCACCACAAAACAAUAGCAAUAGCAAAAUUGGAGGUAAUCAAUAUGCAGAUAAUGUACCAUUAACAUCAGAUGAAAGUGGAAGUGGCGAAAAGAAAUAUAGUUUUUAUGAAAUACCAUAUUAUAGAUUCCUUUUCAAUGUUGACACAAAAGAAGUCGGUUUUCGUCUUAUGAGAUCAAUGGUCCCAAUUAAAUUUUCAUUCUUUAAUCUUAUUAGAGAAAAUCCAGAUCUUUAUGGCCCAUUCUGGGUUUUAACAUCACUUGUUUUUAUUGUUUCAGUUUCAUCAAAUCUUAAUGACUAUUUCCACACAGAAAAGGACUAUCAAGUUAAUAUUAAAAAAAUCGUUUAUAGUGCAAUCGCAAUGUAUGGUUAUUCAAUUAUUAUUCCAGCAAUUUUAUGGGGUAUUUUCAAAUGGAUGAAUCUUGGAUUAAGAUUAUUGGAUAUGUUAUGCAUUUAUGGUUAUGCAAUGUUUAUUUAUAUUCCAGCUUCAGUAUUAUGCGUUAUUCCAAAUACACUCAUUCAAUGGAUCAUCGUUGCAGUAGCAGCAGUUGUAUCCGGUGUAUUUUUAGUAACAAAUAUCUUUACUCCAUUAAAAGAAGAUUUUACAAAGAGGGGUCUUAUUAUUUGCGCUGUAAUUGGAGGUCUUCAUUUAGGUUUGGCUUUAGUCCUUAAACUUUAUUUCUUUGCCAACAACACCGAAAAUUUCGAUUUAAGUAGUAGUUCAUCAGGAACACCAACACCAUCCGUAACAACACCACCACCAACCCCAUCAAACUCAUAAAAAUAAAAAUAAAAACAGAAUCAUAUAUAUUUAAAAUUUUAAAUUAAAUUAAUUUAUUUCAACAAAAAAAAAAAAUAAAAAAAAAAAUAAAAAAAAAAUUAAAUUAAAUU